UAGCUUUGAAGGUCCAAGAAGCCAUAAAUGCAAACUAAACCAAACUCUUCGGUUUCGGUUGAUUUGUAAGUUUGUUGGCCCUGAUAUCAAGCCACGUCAAAAUUAGUGUCAAAAUAUAAUAUUUAAAACAAAAUGGUGGAAAUCGAGUCAAUGACGAGAUAUGUCUCGCCAGUAAAUCCAGCUGUUUUUCCUUUGCUCGCAGUGGUAUUAUUAGGAAUUGGAAUAUUUUUCACAGCAUGGUUCUUUGUAUACGAAGUCACGAGCACUAAAUUUACACGAGAUAUAAUCAAGGAACUUGUCAUUUCUUUAGUUGCCGCAAUAUUCUCUGGGUUUGGAGUAUUGUUCUUGCUGUUAUGGGUUGGAAUUUACGUAUAGCUUAACUAAGUGGAGAUAAUGAACUAUGCUUUAUAAUAUUUUUUAAGAAUAAAAAAAAUCUGUAUAUAUAAAAAAUUGCAUUAUUACACUAAAUAAAUGCAAAUGUUAAAGAAGAAA